AUGGGGGGUAGGUUGUCGAGGCCACGCGCCGCCGAUGGCUUGGGCGAGGCGCCUCGGACGGCACAGAUCGCAGGUCGAGCCAAAGGGCUCAACGUGGGCCGGAACCUCAUCGUGCCAGGCUCCGUCGUUAUCCUCGCCGGCCUCUUCUACGUGUACAGCCGCACCGCCGUUCUGGCGGCCAAGUUGAACGCGAAGAAGCACCGCGAGGCCGACGGCGGGCAGAUCAGCUGGUCGAACCAGAGCCUGCGCAACCACGGCCAGCGAGCCAGCGUCGCCGACGACAUGGCCAACCUGAGGGAGGCGUUGAUGGGCAACAAGACCGGCUCCGGUGCGGCUUCUGCUGGCUCGCGGGCGGACCGCCACCGAGACGAGGAACAGCUUCGGAAGCUGAUGGGCAAGGGCAAGUGAGUAGAAGCUACUCCUGCAUACCAUUAAUAUUCAACGAACUUGGACUUUUGAAUCUGGGACCCUCGGCUUGGGGCGCAUAGAUGGCGUUGGUUUGGUGUACUCUGUAGCAAACAGCAGCAGGUAUAGAAGACACAAACCUGGCUUUUUGGCUGGCAGACGGUUAGCCCUACUGUGUACGCACAAGGCAUCAUUUACAGGGAACAUUGCAGUCUGAUUUGCUGGCGACCUUGAGGAGACUGUGCAGCUUUCAGAGCUUCCCCGCACCCGUACCCCGUACCAGUCCCCUUAGCCUCAGCCGUCACACAGGGCAGUCUACACUGCCCGUCUACACAGGCACGGCCGCGCAUGUGAUGGUCGCCGUUAUGAAUUGGAGGAG